AGAAACCAGCUUGUGCCACCCGCGACGGGAACUCCUCGCACGGAGCGACACCACACCGAGUAUCUCGGGCGGUUCGAGAAACGAGGCGUGCUCGCCGUUCGCUGCUGCGUUGGAGGCGAUGUUUGGCUGUGCAGCUUUAUCACUGAUUGGUUCUUUCCUCCCUGAACGCGCUCCAUAAUUACCGCAGCGCAGCCGCCCCGCCCGGCCUCCCCGAGCCCGGCGAUGGCUCGCAGGACGGUCCGAGAGCCGCUCGCGGUGCCGGGCGGCCGCGCUCCCUCAGUCAGAGCUGGAGGUGUGAGAGUGUCUAAAAAGCAAGAAGCCAUACCUGCUGGGAGAAACGCUGGGCCCAAGGGAAGGGACAAGACAAGUGUUGUCAGUAUUUCAAAAAUCCAUCACAUGGAUGUCAUGCUGCGCAAAAUAAGCCACAAUAUCCCUGCAGCAGCGUUACAAGUUGCUCACCAAAAGCCACUGCCUGCCUUGGAGAAGUUCAUGCUGCCUAAAAGAAUUUAUAUUAUUCAACAGCCACGGAAAUGUUAAGACAUGCCUUUAAGAAAACAAAAAAACCAAAAAGCCCACCACGUUCACUUGGAAGCAAAUUUCUAUUCUAAAUAGCUUGUAGCAUACUGGUAAAAGGAUCAAAAGCUUGGCUGCCUUGUUAUCCCACUGCAUUUCUGUUGGUGACAAUAAAAUACUUUCUAAAGAGA